AUGUCGGUUCUGACCAUCAGCGGGGCUCAACUCGUUUCUAUACUCUUGCUGUGUGCCAUUGUCAGAUUGAUCUGGCGGGCGUUCUUCUCGCCUCUUGGAACAUUCCCGGGCCCAUUCGCGUCCAAGUUCACCGACACAUGGAGGGCUUUCCUCACGACCCGCGGCAACGUCGACGCGGUUACCCGAGGAUGGCACCGGAAAUGGGGCCAGGCCGUUCGCAUUGGACCCAAUACGAUUAGUUUGAGUGAUGCCGAGCUGAUCAAAGAGGUGUAUGCCGGCACAAGCAAGAACGAAUGGAAAAAGAGCAAAAUGUACAGUGUCAACGACGUGGUCGUCAACGGCCGCAGAAUCUCCAACAUCUUCAACACACGCGAUGAGGAGUUUCACAGAACAUAUGCCCGGCCGAUUGCCGGCUUUUGGACCUUGACCAAGAUCCUCGAGCUUGAGCCGCUGAUGGACGAAACCAUUCAGAAGCUUGUCCAUAAACUCGGCAACAAGUUCGCUGAUGACCCUAACCCAGAUACGGUUUGCAUGAUGGACGAUUGGCUUACAUACUUUGCUUGGGAUUUUGCCGCCAAUGUUACCUUUGGGGAGCAUUACGGCUUCAUUGAGGAAGAGCGAGAUGUCCAAGGCAUGAUUAAGGAAUCGACAGACGGCCUCCACUACUUUGCGCCGAAUCCCAUUUACCGCAUCGGCCCAAAGCCAUUAGUCAACGGUCUACUGUACACGGUUGCUCGCCUGGCUGACUACCAAAAGAAGCUUGCCGAGGGAACCCUCGCUCGAGCCAAGGUAGACACGUUUAUAGACAAGUACCACGGGCUUAGAGACGCCUAUCCCGAUGUUGCGGACAGCAAUCAACUAGUGAAUUGGCUGAUGCUAAACGUUUUGGCGGGAGGCGAUUCGACGGCUGGAGCUCUGAGGCCUAUCGUGUACCACCUUGGGAAAUGUCCCGAGGCGCAAACGAGGCUGCAAAGCGAGCUGAAAACAGCCCGGCUCUGUCUGCCUGCCCGGUGGAAGGACAUCCACAGGCUCCCCUACCUAGAUGCCGUCAUCCGGGAGGCGGCGCGGUUGAAUCCAGCCGUGGGCUUGAUGUUUGAGCGAGAGGCGCCCGCGGACGGUUUCCGACUUCCAGACGGCCGCUUCAUCCCGGCUGGCACAAACGUCGGCAUCAACCCGGCCGUUGUAACGAGGGAUGUCGGCGUUUUCGGGGAACACGUCGACAGGUUUGUUCCGGAACGCUGGCUGCAAAGGUGCGACGAGGGCAGCGACCAGUUCAUCCGGCGUCGGCGACGGAUGGAGGAAGCUGGGGAUCUCAUGUUUGGCGCAGGCAGCCGCGCCUGCAUGGGGAAGCAUUUCGCCAAGAUGGAAAUGUACAAGCUCAUGGCCACGUUGUACAGCAUGUUCCAUGUAAGUGUUGCCCGCGACAUGUCUCGCCGUGCAGCUACACGAGCACACGCAGGCAUGGUGGGCAAAUUCUCAUUGCCUCCCACUGCAACUGCAGAGAUGAAGGGGACUUUGCUAACCGGGCCUGAAAACCAAAAGAUCCGACUGCCCGAUCCCAAUCACGAGUGGAACUAUUGCAAUGCAUGGUUCAUGUACCACACGAAUAUCCCAAUGCGAAUCACGCGGCUCGGGCUCGACUAG